ACGUCGCUCUCUCACCGUGACUGAGCCGUCUCGUGCCUCGCUGCCCGGCGCACCUCACCCCAACUUCUUUCUCGUCGUCCGAUUCCUCGUCACCGGUCUCGUCUGCUUACUCUCGCUCGCCACUGCUAUCAUCUGCAUCCUCGUCGUCGACUACUACAACAAGCACGACCCUAUCAUCCGUCCAUCCUGGGGCUCGCUCAUCUUCCUCAUCGUUCUCGGCCUCUUCACGCCCAUCGUCUACUUUGGCUACAACAUCUUCUUGCCGCUCAUGCCGUUUAUCAAAUACGGCGAUUUCCUCUACGGCUUGUUCAUGGUCAAGAUCGAGUUGCUUCUCCAAUUCGCCAUGUGCGUUCUCUGGAUUUCGGGCGCCCUCGCCUACGCCUGCGACUUGCGCGGUCGAGAAAACUGCCAAUUCGACGGCUACUGGCAUUAUGAGAAACCCGCCAACUUUGGUCACGUUUGCGAUCUCAUCAACUACGCCGUCGGCUUCGCGUAUGCCACGUUCGGCGUGCAGGUUUUCCUGUUUGUCAUUGAGCUCUUGUACGGCAUGUACAUCUUCCUCUUUUUGGAUCAGGAGAGCCUCAAUGAGCCCCACUUUGAAUGGGGUCGUCGGGCGUACAACUACGCACAGCAGAGCAAGCAGCAGCAGCAGCAGCGUCAAGCUGCCAUUGCUCGAUCGCCCAACCGUGCCGUUCCGCUAGGCGCUGCCGGUGCCGAUGCCGGUACUGGUGCUGUGGCAUACAGAAAUAUGGGUAGGAGGAGUCGAGCCAGUAGUUUGACCGGCUCGAGCGAAGGCGACAGCGUUCGCAACGACAGCAGAAGAGGCGCUGCCUAUAACGACCCAGAUAUGGAGUCCAGAGCCUCGGCGCCCGUUUCGUUGGGUAGCAGGGGUCGCAGGGGCGUCGCCUAUGGCGGUAUGGCCGACCAAGACGAAGAGUCCCAGAUCGCAGGUAGGCCGCUCUCGACUUCAUCCACAAAUGAUGGCGAGCGACGUGGUCCUCUGGCUGCUGCUGCGGCCACAGGUGGCGCAAAAGGCCGCCGCAGUCCGAGUUCCAGAAGUGCUGGCUCGAGGAGAGCUUCGCGACGAGGCCCGCUGUCCGACGAAGAAAGCGGCUGGCAUUUGCGUGAGGAACAGUCGGAACGUUAA